UCUUUGAAGCUAAGUCUUUUCUAACCGUUGGGGUAUACGUACAAAUGAUUGCCUGUUCUAAUAUUUGAAAUCUUCCCUUUUCAAGCUUAAAAUCGCUGAAGCCAAAAGAUAAGAACUUACAGGAUCUUGAUAUACUAAUAGAUUAUGAGGUUUUAAUUAUUUUAUUGGUUUUAUGUUUUAGUCUUUAGUGAUAUUGUUGAGGGUCCCUUUCACAGUUGAAAAAGAGUUGCUUUCAUGGCAUUUGAUUACUGGAGAAAGGUGUAUUAAAGUAGUAACACAUAUACUUUUCUUUGUUAUCUGGUUUCUAGGGGACUUUUACAGAUACCCCUCAGUCUUUGUCUUGUAUAUCUAUUGAAAGAUGUCUCUUUUGUAUACCCUUUUUUUCGAAAGCUUAUGUUGUAUCUUCUAUCUUUGAUGGGCUUGGUCAUCAUUGAGUGACGACUUCCAAAGAACCUUGAAUGCCGUGUUGCAACUAUGAAGUCUUGUGAUGAUAAAGUUUGAUCUUGCUCCAUAGCUUCGACCGUACAUUAGUGAUCACAGCAUUACAAGUUAUUUGACUGCGUAAUGUUAGAUGACUUCCUAGAUGAUACUCAUUCAAGUCUGAAAAGCUUGAGAGUUUUAAACCAAUUGUGGUACAACUUUUGCUUUGUUAAUCUCCUCCUGCUUUUAAGAUAUAAUCAAUUGCUCCAGAGUUGGAAACACAAUUGUUCCAAGCUGAGUAUUUUAUGAAAUUUGCAAUUAAAGCAUUGUAUUUAUCUUUCAGUAUUGUAUUUCAUCUUGCAGGUAAUUUUCUCUAGUAUGUUUGCUUCAUCUACAUAGGAUUUAAAUGUAGAAUGUUAGAGCCUGAUUUUAAGUUCUUUUACAAGAAAACCACUAUGUAGAUGUAGAACUAGCUUCUGACUUAGAUCAAACCAAUGCUGUUAACGUGUUGCAAAAGUGCAAGAUAGCAGUAAAAAUGUUUCAGAAUGCACGUUAAGCAAAAAGUGUAUUUGGUGGCCAACCAUGUUUAGUUGUUCCUACAUGUAACAUAGACUUUAGUGCUUGUUUAUUUUCAUGUACUGUUUUGGAAAAAUAUUUCUUUGCCUCUGUUGAUGGCUUUUGUCUCCAUCUAGUUCGUAAAUCUUCUUUUUCUCUUGUUCAUAAUUUUAAUUGAUUUGACCUUCAUUAAAUUCUGAAUCUCUAUGAGUUUAGUUAAUUAAAUGUUGCUUUGACAUGGAUAUAAAGCUUUCACUUGCUAUCUUGAAGUGUUUAGAGCUUUAUAUCUCUGUCUAUCGGUUGAAAUUCUUUAUAUCAGUGGAAUUUCAUCCUUUAUAAGCUACUGGAUAGCUGUUAUUUUGUUGGUGAUUAUGGACAAGAUAGUAAGUGAAUAUCAGCUUAAUGUGGAUUGGUUCUUUGAGAUAACUACUCUCUCUCUCUCUCUCUCUCUAAGCUCAACUUCCCACCCUCUCCUAUAUCAUGAGUACGCUCACGUAAUAUAUAAAUGCAUUGAUUCUGAAUUCUUGACACUGUAAAGGCAUAUCUUUUCAAGAGUUAGUGAUGGAUAUUCUACCUAAAACUUAGCGAUUUAAUUUUUUUCAGAAUAAUGAAGAUGUGCUCCAUAGUCAUCCGGCAAUCAAGAGAUUGACUUGAAAUUUAAAGUGUGCCAAGUGAAUUGCAAGAAGUACGCAAGUUGGACUGGGAAAAUGAGGCUACAAGUGGAAAGAGUUCUUCUUUGUCUGAUUAAUCUGGUUUGGAUUCAGCAAGGUUUUUCUGUGGUAGAUGGAUAUCCAAAUACAUCUGAAACAAGCAACUGGACAUGCAGCUGUUCUACUAAUGACCAAAGCAAUCUGACUUUUGCUGUCCCCACAAGCUGCUAUUCAUCUUGUGACUGCAAUCCCGCUACAGGAGGCUCUGGUGAAAACAGAUGGAUGUGUCUAUGUGCGUCAGAUGGUCUGCCUAAAGUGGCUACUGGAAACAAUUACACCAGCUGUUUUUCUGUAUGCAAGUGCAGUUCUGGGGCUUGGAUUGAAGAGCAGUCUUCGAAGAAGCGGAUCACCAGCAAAGUUCUCAUAAUUAUUCUCUUAAUAUGCAUUACACUGACAACUCUAGCUUUUGUAGCUUCAUUAUUGUGCUACAUCUAUCGAAAGGAUAAAUGGCAUACCCAUCGAUCAUUAUUCUCAUCAGAUAAACAAUCAUCAGAUAAACAAACAAGUUGUAACAGUGCCACCAGCUUAAUCAGCCAAGGGGCUUCUUACUUUCCAACAUACGGAGGCUUAUUUAGUACCCGGGUUAAAUCUACAGCAGGAUGCUUUCCUAAGGCGUCAUUGCUAUUGAGAAACAAGUCUGGGGCAUUGCAAGGAACAAUCACAGAGUUCUCCUAUUCUGAAUUGGAAAGUGCAACAAACAAGUUUUCUGAUUCUCAUUUGAUUGGAGUCGGAGGAAGCAGCCAUGUAUACCAUGGCCAUCUCAAGGACGGUAAAGUUGUGGCAAUAAAGCGAAUGAAAACUCUGGUGGGAUCUGAUGCAGAAUCCAUAUUCCUCACAGAGAUAGAACUGAUAGCAAGACUGCAUCAUUGUCAUGUGGUCCCUUUGCUUGGCUACUGCUCAGAACGCCGAGGAAAACAUGCAGAAAGGCUGCUUGUGUUUGAGUAUAUGUCCAAUGGUAACCUGAGAGAGUGUCUGGAUGGGGCUUCAGGAAAUUGUUUGGAUUGGGGUACUCGUGUCACAAUUGCUCUUGGAGCUGCAAGGGGCUUGGAGUAUCUUCAUGAAGCAGCUGCACCAAGAAUAUUGCACAGAGAUGUCAAAUCCACAAAUGUACUCUUGGACAAGAAUUGGAGAGCAAAGAUCACCGAUCUUGGUAUGGCAAAGCAGCUUCACAGUGAUGGAAUUCCCAGCUGUCCCAGCUCGCCAGCAAAAAUGCAGGGUACUUUUGGCUACUUUGCUCCAGAGUAUGCAAUUGUUGGAAGAGCUUCUCUUAAGUCAGACGUUUUCAGUUUUGGGGUGGUUCUACUUGAAUUGAUUAGUGGACGGCAGCCCAUCCAGAAAUCUGAUAGUAAAGGGGAAGAGAGCCUUGUGAUAUGGGCGACACCUCGAUUGCUAGACAGUAGGCGGGUGACCUCAGAGUUGCCAGACCCACGUUUGAAAGGGACCUUCAAUGAAGAAGAGAUGCAGAUUAUGGCUUAUUUAGCCAAGGAGUGCCUGUUAUUGGAUCCUGAUUCUCGACCAACCAUGAGUGAAGUGGUCCAAAUUCUUUCUACUAUUGCACCAGAGAAAUAGCUCAUUUAGCGGUGUCAAGGGAAGUGGAUCCAUAAACAAACUUACUUUUGAUCCUGUUGAGAACGAGGAGAUAAAGCACAUAAUGUUGGAUAAAAAUCUAGGUGGAGAGUCAUUUGCUCUAGACGUCAGCUCUAAACCAUGUCUUGAAGAGUAUGAGAAAGUAGCAGAUCCUGUUUCUGUUGAGUACAUAGAGAAAUUGAUUCUUCUAUCAUCAGGUGCUAGAAGUUGGCAUUCGCAAGAGGAUGAAGCAGUGGACUUAACUGAACCCCGUUAUGAAUCAUUCUGUAUGUCCAAUGUCAAUGUCCAGUAACUGCAUUUGCACGAUGCAGUUGGAAACUGCAACAAACAGCAGAUGCUUAUCAGUAGGUCUCCAUAGUGAAAUAUAUGCUGUUUCACUCGAUGGUAAGGAGCUCUGAUUGCGGUCUGGUUUCAUUUUUCCUGGAAAAUCAGAUGUUUGUCAGAUUAUCUUACUGGUAAUUCAUUUCUUUAUUUUUUCAUAGAGUUCAAUGUAAAUACCUUGUUAGAGGCGCUCUUUAAGUGUUUUCUUUAUAGAUGUAAUAUCAAACUUGUACAGAAACCUCUUGAAUUUCAUGUCCAUAAAAUUUUAAAACUUGGGGGCAUUAUUGGUGUCCACGGCAAUUUCUUCCA